AAGUGCCUAGUCUUCAUUCAUAUUCCGUAAGGCGAGCAACGUGCUGAAGGCGUAAAUUGCCAUUUGCCCCGACCGACGUACAUAUCUAUUUUUUGUUGUUGGAUUUAAUUUGUAAUUUGCAGUUGCAGCAAACGGCAACAGUUUGCAUCCACUGAAAAUACACAGCACGCACGCACUUUUGUGACAACUUUUUGACGGUCAACAACGAGAACUGCCUGAGAGUACCCAGAAGAGUAGCAAAAUACGCAUUCGCAAUGAGCGUGGACACGUAUGCGCCAAGUUCGGCGCUCACAUUCCUGGACAUGGAUGACAAUGAGUUGUUGCGCGGCGCCGAUACACAACCGACGCCAUAUGAUUAUCGUGACUUCACCAUGCCAUCCACAUCGCAGAGCCAGACCCAGGGUGACCAGCUGCCCGAACUGCAGCAGCCAAGACGCGUUAGCAUUCACAGCAAUGAUCAGUUGAUCCAGCCACGUUUGGGUUCGAUUACCAAUGUUUUGGCCGAAUUACAAUUCGAGGAGGAAGAUGAUGAGAGCAUCGGCGGCGGCGGUGGUGGCGUCGGCGGCGGCAACGGCAUCGGUCGCUGUGUCGGCGGCACCUCGGCCUAUGUUAAAGAGUUGCCGGCACAUGCGUGCAAAUAUUGUGGCAUCCAUGAUCCGGCCACCGUUGUCAUGUGCAACAAUUGCAAGAAAUGGUUUUGCAAUGGACGCGGCAGCACCUCCGGCUCGCACAUCAUCAAUCAUCUAGUGCGUGCCAAGCAUCGCGAGGUGACCCUCCACGGCGAUGGCCCACUUGGCGAGACCAUACUCGAGUGCUAUUCGUGUGGUGUGCGCAAUGUGUUCGUAUUGGGCUUUAUACCCGCCAAGGCGGAUUCUGUAGUGGUGCUGCUGUGCCGCCAGCCAUGCGCCGCCCAGAACUCACUGAAGGACAUGAACUGGGAUCAGGAGCAGUGGAAACCGCUAAUUGCCGAUCGCUGCUUUCUCGCCUGGCUGGUCAAACAGCCCAGCGAGCAGGGUCAGUUGCGUGCACGCCAAAUUUCCGCAGCGCAAAUCAAUAAGCUCGAGGAACUGUGGAAGGAUAACAUUGAGGCAACAUUCCAGGAUUUGGAAAAGCCCGGCAUCGAUUCGGAGCCGUCGCAAGUGCUGUUACGCUACGAGGAUGGCUAUCAAUAUGAGAAGACCUUUGGCCCACUGGUCAGCCUCGAGGCCGACUACGAUAAGAAGCUGAAGGAGUCCGCCACACAGGAGAACAUAGAGGUGCGCUGGGAUGUGGGCCUCAAUAAGAAGACAAUUGCGUAUUUUACGCUUGCCAAAACCGAUUCAGACAUGAAACUCAUGCACGGCGAUGAGCUCCGACUGCGCUACGUCGGCGAACUGUACAAUCCGUGGAGCGAAAUUGGGCAUGUCAUCAAGGUGCCCGAUAACUUUGGCGACGAUGUUGGCCUGGAGCUCAAAUGCUUCUCAAAUGCCCCGCUCAAGUUCACCAGCAACUUUAGCGUGGACUUCAUAUGGAAGUGUACAUCAUUUGAUCGGAUGACUCGUGCUCUCCGCAACUUUGCCAUGGAUCGCAAUUCGGUGUCCAACUAUAUCUACUCGCGUCUGCUGGGACACGGUCGGGCCGAUGGCAGCGAUGAGGUGCUGUUUCGUGGCCCACAGCCCAAGCUGUAUAGUGCCCCCCAUUUGCCGGAUCUGAAUCGGUCGCAGGUGUAUGCGGUGAAGCAUGCACUGCAGCGACCUCUUAGCCUGAUCCAGGGACCGCCUGGCACUGGUAAAACCGUCACAUCGGCUACAAUUGUGUAUCAGCUGGUGAAGCAGCAUGGCGGCACGGUGCUCGUCUGUGCGCCCAGCAAUACGGCUGUCGAUCAGCUCACCGAGAAGAUUCAUCGCACCAAUCUGAAGGUGGUGCGCGUUUGUGCCAAGAGUCGCGAGGCCAUCGAUAGUCCCGUUAGCUUCCUGGCGCUGCACAAUCAGAUACGCAACAUGGAAACAAAUUCGGAGCUAAAGAAGCUGCAACAACUGAAGGAUGAAACCGGCGAGCUAAGCUCAGCGGACGAGAAACGCUAUCGCAGUCUGAAACGUGCCACCGAAAAUCAACUGCUCGAGGCAGCCGAUGUCAUCUGUUGCACAUGCGUUGGCGCCGGCGAUGUCCGUUUGUCUCGCAUCAAAUUCACAUCGAUACUGAUCGAUGAGUCCAUGCAGUCCACGGAGCCUGAGUGUAUGGUGCCGGUGGUGCUUGGGGCCAAGCAACUCAUUCUCGUCGGUGAUCACUGCCAGCUGGGACCAGUGGUCAUGUGCAAGAAAGCCGCGCGCGCCGGCCUCUCCCAGAGCCUGUUCGAGCGUCUCGUUGUGCUGGGCAUACGACCGUUCCGUCUGGAGGUGCAAUAUCGCAUGCAUCCGGAGCUGUCACAAUUUCCGUCCAACUUUUUCUAUGAGGGCUCGCUGCAGAAUGGUGUCUGUGCCGAGGAUCGCCGCCUUAAACUGGACUUUCCGUGGCCGCAGCCAGAUCGUCCGAUGUUCUUUUUGGUUACGCAGGGACAGGAGGAGAUUGCCGGCUCGGGCACAUCGUUUCUCAAUCGAACCGAGGCGGCCAAUGUGGAGAAAAUCACAACACGUUUCCUCAAGGCGGGCAUCAAACCGGAACAGAUUGGCAUAAUUACCCCGUAUGAGGGUCAGCGUGCCUAUCUGGUCCAAUAUAUGCAGUACCAGGGCAGCUUGCACUCGCGCCUGUAUCAGGAGAUCGAGAUAGCCAGCGUGGACGCGUUUCAGGGUCGCGAGAAGGACAUCAUUAUUAUGUCGUGUGUGCGCUCCAAUGAGCGACAGGGCAUCGGUUUCCUCAACGAUCCGCGUCGCUUGAAUGUGGCGCUAACUCGCGCCAAAUACGGCAUCAUCAUUGUCGGCAAUCCGAAGGUAUUGUCCAAGCAACAGCUGUGGAAUCAUUUGCUCAACUUCUACAAGGAUCGCAAAGUGCUCGUCGAGGGCUCACUAAAUAAUCUAAAGGAGUCCCUCAUCCAUUUCCAGAAGCCCAAGAAGCUUGUGAACAGUAUGAACAUUGGCGCCCAUUUUAUGUCCACAAUGAUGGCCGAUGCCAAGGAGGUGCUCGUCCCCGGUUCCAUAUACGAGCGUAGCAGCGGCUAUACACGCCAGGCGCCACUCAAUCCACCCACACAAUCCUUCAAUGGUGUCGGUGGCGCUGGCGUUGGCAUUGGUGGCCACUAUGCACCCAAUCCCUAUGCCAACUAUGCGACUGCUGGUACUGGUGUUGGUGUUGCAACUGCAGCUGCUAUGGCCACCGUUGGCAAUAAUAUGAUUAAUCCCGUUUAUGGCUCCGGCGCUGGCGGUGCUGGUGGCAACAAUAGUUAUGGACCCAUUGGCGGGGUCGGCAACAACACUGCAGGAAAUCCAGCCAGCUGGACAGCAGCGAAUCUGCAUGAUUCGAUUGGGUUCAUCUCGAAUGAUCAUGGCGCCGCUGCCUUGGGCAACAUGCCCGUCCCAGUGGGCAUGUUCAUGAACAUGAGCAGUCUGCCGCCCCGCUUCUACAAUCAGCAUCAGCAGGCCAUUAUGGCCGCCAAGCAGAAUCGGGCAAUGCAGAAUAAUCAGUCGUCUGGCUAUGUGCCGGCCAUUUCCGCCGGUCCAGCCGGCAACAGCAAGAAGGGCAACAAGAUGUCAAAGACACGUGCUGGCGGCGGCAACAAUUUGAAUGCUGGCAUGCUGCAAGGAACGGAACCAGCAGCUGCAGGAGCAGCAUCUGAACCAGCGACAACAACGCUUCAAAUAACAGCAGGAGCAGCAGCAACAACAGGAGCGGGAGCAACAUCUGGAGUAUCUGGAACAUCAAUCACAACAGCAACACCAACAGCAGCAGCAGGAAGUGGUGGAGCAAGUGGAUCAGGCAUUGGAGCUCCAUUCAGUCAAUAUCCAGCGGCUCUGUCGCUGCAGAUGACACAGCCGAGCGGCUUUGCGCUGUCCCAGCAGCCGGAGCUGUCGCAGGACUUUGGUCAUAUCUCCCAAAUGGACGGACUGCUCUCACAGGAUGAUGUUUUCAAUGUGUCGGGCGAACGCAGUUUGAAUCAAUUCUCGCAACCUUACUGAGAAGCCUGAGGAGAUGCACACAAUUGCAACAACAAUGUACAACAAUAAACUCAGCAAACUACAACAACAAACAAAUUGAAAGAACUUCGAAGCCAUCCAAAGCAGCAGCAGUGGCGGCAGCAGCAGCAGCAGCAGCAUGGCAAAAAAAAAAAAUUAAAUAAAAAAAAGAACAAAAAAAAUGCAACAACGAAAGCGACAACAGCAGCAGCAACAAGAACAUGAGAAAGAGCAGCAAACUAAAGACGAAGACGCAACGAAGCAAUAUGGCAAAGAGCAUCAGGGAAAAAGUCUAACAGUUAAAUCUAGCCACACAGGCGAGAUAGAGAGAGAGAGAGAGAGAAAGAGUAAGAGCGACAGCGAUUGAUGAUUAGAAGCGGCAUCAGUGAAAAGAAUCAGCUGCGGCCACGCACACCAAUAUACACAGCAACGGAAUCACACAGACACACAGAAAACAUACACAUACACAUAAACACACGCGUGGAUGAGAAUAGCUCCAGCUUCAGCUCGCCUUCCCAGACACGCUGCUGCUAGCGACGGCUAGCGAGCGAGCAACGUUGGCAGCGGCGGCCACAGAGCGCGAGAGAUGCGCGGGCUGCGCGCCUGCCUGCAGAUGCAUCCGUUGAUAUUGGAGACAACGUGACAACGUCGGGGCGCCAUUUUCCUACAAAUUCUACAAACUUUCAACGAAUUUUCAGCGCGGAAUGAUGCCGCUUCAAAAUGCCCAACAAAAUAACCUUGUAUGCGAAAAAUGCCAUUUGUUUCUGUUAAAAAAGAAAAACCAACAUCUCUUCCCAAAUAUUUGCAACAUUUUUUGUGGUGUGAUAACCACAAUUUUUUUAAAUUUCAUUUGCUUGGAAAUCAGUUUUUAUUUCGGAAUCGUCACGCAUCUAACACGAAGACGUAUCUAAUUCUUUUUAAAAUGUACUUUUCUUUAUAUUUCUUAAUGAAAACAAUUAUGAAAAAUUGUUAUUUAAAACAAAAAAAAAAAAAGUAUUUUAAAAAGGCGGCGCCCUCAUUCAACAACAUAUUUAAGACGGUUUGGAAAUAUUUCAUUUAUUUAAAAUUUUUUGCAAGAAUACA